GAAAUGCCAGCAGAGCUGUAAUUACUGAAGACGCUCAUUUGAUCUUUGUCAUUGGAGAGAAGCGCGAAACAACAAACCUGCAGUUCCUCUUUCAACCACUAAACCGCUUGGUUGUCCGCUGUGAUCACUACUACUAGCUAGUAGUAUCAUACUGCCAACCACUGCCAUUCCAUCACCUCUCUCUCUCAAUCAAGCAAGCAAGCAAGCAAACAAGAUGGGAAAUACAGCCACGAUACCACAAGAAGAAGACUCGGAGGGACUCCCUCCCGAUUUAUUUUCCUUGUCGGAUCGACAAUUGACAGUCUUGUGGGAGCAUCGGCCGCUUACCAUCCCGGAAGUCCAACAAGCCGCCCGUUCCGUCUUGGCAUCGGCUACAACAACUUCGAAAGGAGGAUUCUAUGGAAAAGAAGAAGAAACGGCCGAAAGUGCCUUGGCCGUGCGAUUGUGUCACAUGCUCCCCGACUUGUCCAAAAUACGUUUCCAAUUGGUGCGAGGCAAAAUUAAAGAAGACACCUUUUGGGAAUCCGUCAUGGCAUUGCUCAAAGAACGGCUUGUCGAGUACAAUGCCGCGCAUGAUGACAAUGCCACAGAAACAGAAGAAGAAGAGACAAUUGAAUUUGUCAAACCAAAUGGAAAAAAAGAAACUACCAAUGGAAAGAAAAAAGAGACACUGAAAAAUGGCAAAUCGACAACCAACGGCAAAUCAUCCGAGGCUGACUUGAUGCGACAAAAAUUACGAGCCAAAGAUGCCCAAAUUGCCCAGUUGCAACAAGAACUGGAGGAAUUGAAAAAAGGGCUAUCAACCACAACAGCAAAAAAGAAAUCCAAAACAACAACACACAAGGGAACUUGGAAAAUCGACAAGGAUGCCCAAGAAUUUCUAAAAUAUCCCGAGGAACUCAAGGAAAGUUUGCGAAAAGAAAAACAACGACGGCUACAGACCGUCCGAGACGAAAUGAAGUUCAUUUUAGAUUCCGAUGACGUGCAAGACAGCAAUGGAACAUGGAGUUGUUGUGGGGGCACCAACUACAAUGCGCCGUGUAAAAAAUAACUAAAUAUACCCAACCACGCUCAAUCCAUCCAUCAAACAGCACUUUUUUGGAAAAAAUGACAACACGGAGAGCAGGAAAAGCUGGGAAGAACAGUCAAAUCUACUUCACACCAAUCUGAAAUAAUGAAACAAGCCAUUGAAAGUUAGGCAAGUCAAAAUUUGAAAAAAGGGACAUUCAGGAUGACAGGCUGAACCAACCGUCCAUUUAGAUAGCCGCUCACGGGUCCUCUGGAACCUUGGGUCCACAGGAAACUGUCAUAUUAGGAUUGAUUACUCUCCC